CCCGACUCGCCUCCCCACCCCCGAGCGUCAACCUGCCCGCCUCAGCCGGGGGUGCUGGCUCCGCCAUAGCGGCGAGGGCGCUCUUGGGUCGGAUGAAGCCGCUCUUCUCCUUCCGGGCCGCGAAGACAACAUGGCGGCGGGGUGGCUGUGCCGGCGUCUCUGUCAGGGAUCAGUUUUUCCUGUCAAUUAUGCGAGCAGAAUUAUGCAAAAGCAGUGUUUCCUUCUAAGCUCCAACUUGGUAGGAAUACGGCUGGCUGGAUCCCAUGUUGAUACACAGGAGCCUAAGACUAAUCCUUUGGUGUCUGUUUCAGAUGAACCGGAAACACUGUACAAGAGAUUGUCCCUUUUAGUUAAGUCUCAUGAUAAAGCUGUGUUGGAGAGCUAUGAAUAUUUUGCAGUGCUUGCAGCUAAAGAACUUGGCAUCUCUGUUGAGAAAGUAUACAACCCUCCAAAGACGAUAGAACGAUUGACACUUUUAAAGUCUGUACACAUUUACAAGAAACACAGAGUUCAGUAUGAAAUGAGAACACAUUACUUGUGUUUGGAGUUAAAACACCUAACAAGCAGUACUGCUGCAGUUUACUUGGAGUAUGUUCAACGAAAUUUACCUGAAGGUGUCGCCAUGGAAGUAAAAAAGACUAGGAUAGAGAAAAUACCUGAACACAUUCGGGAACCAGUUUGGGAUACAUUACCUCAAGUAGAAGAAACUGAAGUCAAGUCAUAAACUCACCAGGUUAACAGGGAGGACAGAGUUGCUGGAAUCUGCUUCAGUAUUAAGGGAGUGGCUUUGAUUUGACUGCUAUUAAAAGAAUUUACAGAAGGAAUAGCUAACUGGGACAAGACAACCAGAGAGGCUGGAUCAUACUUAUCAAUGCCAACAGCAACAUUCCAGUCAUUGCUUUAGGUGUUGCCUCGAGUCAUCUUUCUACCUACUGACCAUCUCAUCUGAUUUUCAAUUGGAAAAGUUUUAGUUGAAUUUUAGAGGAAGUUAAUAGAAAUGCCAUGUUUGAUGCUAUUUAUAAACCUCAGUAUUUCAGCAUGCUGUGUUGUGUUCUUAUGAGUAAGGCUUUCAAAGCAUAAAUGACACCUAAACAGACUUGUAAUCUGUCUGAAGUGCCCACUUUGUCCUUCAUACAGCAAAAUUGCCCGUUUCAUGUCCUGAAAUAAAGGCAUCAUAUGCCACAUGGGAUGUUCUCUGUGUCACAGUGAAGCAUUCCUAGCUUCCUAGAGCUCCAGUUAGAACCUGAAAGAGUCAAAUCACAGUCAGUAUCACUGUAUGUGCAAACUAGGGAGAGGUUUUCAAACAUAGGACUGAACUAAAUCCUUAGGAUCAGUUCAAUAUCACUGCCUUUUUUAAUAAAGGAAAGAUGAAAUGAGAAGACUUGACAGCAUUCGGUUGCUAAGCCUGACUUUCAAUAUCCAGUAGCCUGCAGUUGUACCCUGUAAUCCAGACAUGCAUUCUUAAUCCUGCUGCUCUCCUGUGCCUGUCCAAUAAUUCAUUAGUCCCAACUAGCAAACAAGUUUAACCCAAGUCAGUCAUUCAGAGAUUUUAAAUGUUUGAUUAAGCUAAUGCUCUGUCUUUCUAGAUGGAAUUUUGCUAUUUAUGAGCUUAGGCAAGAAUAACCCUUCAAUCUAAGUACCUUUGCUUUCUCUCCCCCGAGUUCAGGUUUCCUUGUAAUCUGUAUGUGGCAUUCAAGGAUAGACACCUCUAGUCUGAAAUCCAAUCAAGUUCCUUCUACCCCUGUUGUACAUGGGUGUAUUCUAGCCUGCUGGAGCUGAGCACUUGAGAACACGUUUAAUAGAAAGGACUGAAAGUACUCAAGAACACAGACUGACUAUUGAGCAAAUGUUUCAUAAAGUUUUCCCUUACUUAAAGGCUAAGGCAGGCAGCCCAAACUAUUUGCCGUAUCACAAACAAAAUGGUGCUUUUCUGAGUACAGUUCCUCACUAUUAGAAGACUGCUUUAUGACCAUCCUCGGGCUUGUAUGGGUAGAUGUCCAGCAUUAUCUGCCACUAUGAGAAAAUACUUUCCCAAGGGUCAUAGAAAAUACAUGCCAUGUAUAGCUGUUACAGAAACGCAUGAAGUGGUGGCAAAUAAUAAGUAUCAUGAAAGCAAUUGCCAGAUAUGACAGUGAACUUCUUAAUUCCAUCCGUGGUUAGAUUGUCUCAGUCUAAAUAGGAACUGUGCUAAAUAUUGGCACUGAAGACAGACAAGUUUUCAAGUCCAUUCAAUCUUUAAAAUCCUUGGUGACUGCCAGUAAGCUGGAGCUGGAUUUCCUUCCACAAAUAUUUGGUGACUAGCAGCUGCCAGCCUAUUUUAAAUGUAAAAAAAUGUACAGGCCAAUGUAUUAUGUAAAUAAUUAUGUAAAUAAUAUAUAAAAGCUGUUUAUAAAAUUUUCAGGCUUGUAGAAUAAUCUAAAUCCAGAACAUUCACUUACAUUACUUUUCUUUGAGCCAUUUAACCAUUUGAAAAUUGUCAGGAAGGCUCUGAUCAAAGGCAGUUGUGGCAGAAUCCCUAUCACUUACAGAUAAAAGAUCUUUUAAACAGUCUAAAUUAUCAUCUCCAAGAUACCCAGGGUUCAUUUGCCAUAUGAACACAUCUUUCAGUACAAAAAAAAAAAAAGCGUUGCAACAGUUAUUUCUGUCUUGUUUAGUAAAGUAUUUAAAGGUGUGCUCUGAAUUUAUUGUCAGCAUUUCAUCAAAGUGCCCUAAAGCAUGUAUUUCCUUUUCUUAUAAAUGCAUGGGGUUACUGGAAUGUUACUUCAGUUUUGCUUUCUACAGUUAAUCAUACCACCACCACAACUUAAUUGUCUUGUUAGCUUUAAUAUGACUAUACAGCAACCUUCCUACUUUAGAAGUCUUUCCUGCCAGUCUCUGCAUUUCACGUGCCAGGAAAUUAAUUACUAUCUAUCUGUUAUUCCAGGGAGCACUGGGAAUAAAGCCAGUCCAAGGGAAAGUCGUUUACCCAGGCAGCUGUGACAUGAGAAAGUUUUGCUCUUUGUGUAAUAGAAGGCUGCAGGUAAAACUGCUUCAAGUCUGCUAUUGUUGUAGAUCAAACUGCACUAAACCAGGCAGAGUCUAGUAUUUGUCCCUUCGAAGUAGAAAUUUGGGAAGGCAAUCUCACAUGCUGAUGGCUUUUCUUAGCAAGCACCAUUAGGAAAUGCCACCUUUCCUCUGUUUUUUGCCACCCUUCCUCUACUUUCCACACAUUUUCAGCCACAAAAAUAUCACAACUGGCUUUUAAAAAUAUCUUUCCUAUCAUAAAAGUUGGGGAGGUUUCUUGCUCCUAUUUAAACAGUUCAUCUUCGGGUUUCACUCUUACUAGUUUGCUGUGGUCUUUUCAAGUUCAGGGCUUUUUUUCCACAAAAAGCAGUAUUCACCCUUGCCUAUUGGCAUGGUGAAAAGCGGAAGUUACAUUUCUGACCGUCGUGCAUAAACCAACCAUGAUAAAUCACUAAGGCACUCGGAGGAUCUGAGCAUAUGACAGCAUAUCAGUGCACCAGGCAAUGCAUGUACCACUGUAUGCCCACAUAUACUCAGUACAUCAACUGACCCGGUUUCUUUGACAUACAGGAAUCAGAAGUGUGUCAUUUACAGUAAGAAUGUUUUAAAAACCCUUUUAAUACAAGCAAUUUAUUUGUUCAGGUAGGUGCAUACCACACUUGUAGUGUUUCUGUUCCAUAAUGUUUUUCUACAUCUCUAUGGUAACAGGACAGCCUUAUGACAUUUGGGGUUUUGCUUCCUUCUGAAAAAAAAAGUCACCAUCCCACCAUUCAAUCAAAAAUUCCUAGUUCUCUUAACAAAAGUACCUUUCUUACAAAAUGCUAUUUAUUGAAUUACAAAAAAUAUGAUUGAUAAACAGUAUAUGUCGUCUUCUUUCUACUUAAAUAAAAUGCCACUUGAUAGUAUGAAAAAGCACACAAUCAGUGUAUCACAUCUGCUGAUGCAAGGUGUUUUGUACAUCAGCUUAUUAUUAUCACUCAUCUUUCAUUCCGUCCUGCAAUGUAGAUAUUAACUGUGUUUUGCUUCAGUAUUAGGUUUCCAGUUCAAAAUAAUAGGAUUUUUUAAUGUUAGUUAUGGAAAAUAUUCAUAGGGUUUUUUCUUGAAGCCAUUAUUAGAGUACAAAAGUUUCACUUUUUGCUCAGAGAAAGUUAAAAUAUCUACAUAAUGGAGAUGCAGUGACAUCAUAACUGAGUAACACCAACAAGAAUCCAAACAUCUGCAGAAACUUCCGAUACCCAGAACUGAUUAAGGCUGCUUUAGCCUGGGGUGGUCCUGCUGCUGGGAAAUUAAAGAGCAGAAGGUUUAGUUUGCCAUCAAAAAUCAAAUGCAGUGGUGAAACUUGCAGACCAAAACAUUCAUUUGGUAUUAUCUAAGAGGGAAGGUAAAAAUUAAAACCAAUGUCCUGUACAUAGAUUUGUUCAGUAACUACUUGGCAGAAAAAUUAAUUCCAGUCUUUUAAACAGGAUCAAUUUUCAACUGUCCAGUUCUGCCCUAACACUGGCACCCACUCAAAAGCAGAGAAAGUCAUAAUGCAGGUUUCUCUUCUCUUUCCCUAGCCUCUCAUUCAGUCUAUACCUCUACCUCACUGUCAAACAUUUAAUAACCUGUCCCCAAUGCAGGGUACCUAGGGUUGCAAAGCCUGGCCUUACACUCUCUCCCAACCCUUUUCAACAAACUAGGCAUGGAUGUACUGCAGAACUAGUUUGAAGCGCUGAAAGGAAUGUAUCCAUUUUUCUUGGUGCCCACAGGAGGUUUAGGGCUGGCUCUAUCUUCUUCCCCUUCUUUCACAUUCAGUUUUCCAUUUCUGGCAUACAAGCUGGAAUGCACUUGUAUACCAAAUUGUCAUUUGAGCUAUCUACUGCAUUAAUGUGCUUCUACGUAAAUGUUUGUGGGUUUGGGUUUUUUUGAAGUUAAUGGUGCUAUAGACAGCACAUGUAUUCAGGCAACUUAUGUGGUUAGUGUACCUUGGAUCUUUCUAAGUUAUUCCCCCUGCUUCCCAAGCCAUACUAAAAUUUUGAGACUUUACAAUAAAGAUGACAUCUUAUUCUCCA